GCCGACCGCCGCCUUGUGUUGCAGGCGCAGCCAUGGUGUCCCGCAAGCAGCUGGCGGACUUCGGCUACAAGGCCUUCUCCGGUUCCAUGCUGCUGCUGACGGUGUACGCCGGCUACCUCUGCGGCGUCCGCUACCAGCGCAUCCUCCAGCGCCGCCAGGAGAGGCAGGCCGCGGCCGGCCCCGACAGCUGAUGGCAGACGAGGACCCGGUGCCGCCUAAUGCCGGCUGGCGAGGGCGCCGGGGAACGGCGCCGAGGCGUCCCCGGGCUGGGGGAAGGAGAUGGAGA